AUGAGAUUCUCCAGUGCUGUCCAGUGGGCUCUACCCCUCCAAUGGUUUUGCAGUAGUGGCUUUGCAUCUACGAUCAUUACAGCACACGCAAUUAGAGAAUCAGAUCAGAAUACUCUUGAAGUCUUCAAAAUUCCCAGCAACGUCACGCGAUCAAAGACUUUUCAGGUCAAAGUCCGGUCUACACACCACUCCGUGUGGCAAGAAGUGGAAUUAUUCGACACUCCAGUCCAGGAAAUCAACUCCACCACUGGGCACGCGAAUAUUCAUCACACUUCAGUUGGCCUCUUCGAUUUUGGUAAAAGUGUGACGUUGUCCAUAUUUCCGGAUCCCAACAUCUUCUCAUCCAUCGACACUGUUAGAAUACGUCCGCUAUCCUAUGGAAUUGAUGCCAUUAUUAAUGGCCAACGGAUUGAUCUUGCUUUGUUUGAACCAAGAGACAUUGUUGUAGAAGUCAAUGGAGACGUCUUCAAUGUCCUUCAUUUGUUCCUUGGCGCAAUCGACAGCAUCAAACCUUCAACACACAGCCCUGAAUCCAUCCGUCGAUAUGAAGCUGGAUACCAUGUACUCAACGAGACAGUCAAGGUUUUGUCAGGGGAAACUGUUUACCUGGCCCCAGGUGCAGUGGUAAAGGGUGAUUUUCUUUUCCAAAAUUCCUCCGAUGCUGUGAUUCUCGGACGAGGAGUCAUCUACCAAAGCGGGUCAAUCACGGUCGAAUCCUCCACGAAUAUCCAAAUUAAAGGAGUAACAAUUCUCAAUCCAACACACUAUUCUCUUACGCUUGGUAUGGCCGAUAAUGUCAUUGUCAGCGAGUUUCGAUCUAUUAGCGGAGUUCAAUGGGGUGAUGGCAUCGAUGUCUUUUGCAGCACCAAUAUUAUCCUUGAAAAGCUCUUUAUGAGGAAUUCAGACGACUGUAUAGCAUUGUAUCAGCAUCGCUGGGGCUAUAUUGGUGAUUCCAAGAAUAUCACGGUCCGGGAUUCGGCUCUUUGGGCAGAUGUUGCCCAUCCAAUCCAUAUAGGAAUCCAUGGAAACGCAGUGGAUCCUGAGAUUAUGGAAGGAGUCACUAUAUCCAAUAUCGAUAUAUUGGAUCACCGGGAGCCGCAAGUUGACUAUAUGGGGUGCAUAGCCAUUAAUUGCGGAGACGAGAACCUCAUCAAAGAUGUUACGAUUGACAAUGUUCGUAUUGAGAACUUUCGUAUUGGCAUGUUAUUCAACUUCAAAGUGUUCUUUAACCCGAAGUACAACACAGCACCAGGACGGGGUAUCCAGAACCUCAAGAUUAAGGAUGUCACUUAUAAUGGGACAGGGGAGGUCAUGUCAAUUAUCGCAGGAUAUAGCGAUGAGCGGAGCAUAGAAUUCGUCGACUUUCAAGGUCUAACCGUUAAUGGUAGGGAGAUCUGGGAUGGUAUGGCAAAGCCUACCUGGUACCAAACUGCGGAUACUUUACCAAUGUUUGUUGGUGGACACGUCAACAAUCUGACGUGGAGUAGUUCCGAUGCUAUAGUCUCAUAA